GAAUGCAAACUCAAGCGCGGCCACCAGUUCCGCAGGGGCCAAGAUUCAACCAUCCGGCAACACCACAGCAAGUACGUCGGCCGAUUAACGCGCCGUUGCCUGGACAAACCGCUCAAAUACAGGGAAACCGGGGCCCACAGCCUCCGAAAAAGAAAAAGCGAUAUGCCGAUAAAUUAAUUCAACCAAAGGUUCGCGAACUGGUUCCCGAAUCACAAGCCUAUAUGGACUUGUUAGCAUUUGAGCAGAAGCUUGAUUCAACAAUUACAAGAAAGAAGAUUGAUGUUCAAGAAGCUCUGAAAAGACCCCAAAAAAUCAAGAAACGUCUUCGUAUAUACAUAUCACACACAUUUAUAGCUGGAAAAGAACCAGAGAAGGAAGGCGACGAUGCAUCUGUUCCUAUGUGGGAAUUACGUGUUGAAGGACGACUUUUAGAUGAUAUGCAACAUCCCACAGUUGGAGCAAAUCCCCGUCCAGCUCCAAAACGGAAAUUCAGUUCAUUUUUCAAAAGCCUAGUUAUUGAGCUGGAUAAAGAUAUAUAUGGCCCAGACAACCAUCUCGUUGAGUGGCACCGUACUCCACAAACCAAUGAAACUGACGGAUUUCAAGUGAAGCGCCCCGGAGAUCGUCCCGUUAAAUGCACAAUCCUUCUUCUACUCGAUUAUCAGCCAAUGAAGUUUAAACUUCAUCCGAGACUUGCAAAAGUUCUCGGAAUUGCUGCAGAAACUCGUCCGAGAAUUAUUGAAGCCCUGUGGCAGUACAUCAAAACUCACAAGCUUCAAGAUCCACAGGAUCGUGAUACAAUCAAUAAUGAUCUUUUCUUGGAGCAAUGUUUUGGUGUGAGCAAGAUGAGAUUUAUGGAGAUUCCUCAAAGACUUCAUCAACUCUUGCAACAGCCUGAUCCUUUAGUCUUGAAUCAUAUUAUUCAGCGGCCUGAUGAUGGUCAAGAUAAAACUUCUGCUUGUUAUGAUAUUGAUGUCGAGCUCGAGGAUCCAGUCAAACAACAAAUGGCAAAUUUCGUUCACAAUCAAACAAAUGCGAACGACAUUCAACUACUUGAUCAAAAAAUAUUCGACUUGGUAGAUCAAAUAAACGAGAUGAAGCUGCGUCGUGAUUUCUUCCUUCGUUUCUCGAACGAGCCCAGUGGAUUCAUCAAGAAAUGGGUUGUAAGCCAGAAUUCUGACUUGAAGACUUUAACAGAAUCAAGUGGUGAUGGAGAAUCCGAUCGUUAUGCGACAACGUACAGUACAACUGAUACAGAUGAAGGUGUAUCACGGUACAUGUAUCAGAAAAUCCAACAAAAACGAGCCGAGCUGGAGCAAAGUCUCGGAAUCCGCAACAAUUAAUAAAUUAUAUCUCUUUCCGUAUAAUAUCGAUUUUUUCUCUCUUCCUUCUCCCUCUGCCGACCUGUAAACUGGGAUCUCAACAACAUUUUCAAAAAUUCUCUUUUUAUCGAAUCUAAUUACGUUUUAUCUCAAUUCUUCACUAAUUAUAUAAUUAUUUUUCUCUCCACUCCAAACCAAAUUUUAAUUGAUAAAUUAUAUGCAUUU